AUGUCUGCCAACGCGUCGCGAUUAUCUUUUGCCAAGGUGGCUGCAUCCGCUGGAAAAGAUAACGUUUCACUAAAUCCAUAUGUAAGGAUCAACGGAUCUAAUCUGCGUGAUCAUAGAAACGAUAAUCGAAAUUUGCAACAAAAUCAGCACGCUUUAGCCGAAAUGAAUGGCCAGCUCAAUGGGGACUUGAGUAACAACAAAAUUACUUCUAACGAGAAAUCACAACCUGCAGAGAUCAAACGCACAAAUGAGAGUACUCAAACAUCCCUUAGACCCGAAGCAAGUGACAAGGUGGCGAAUUUAGCAGAGGCUGUUAAGGCUCUUAAUUUUGGUCCUUCACCGCCUGGCUACGCUGUUAAUGGCUCAGAUGUUUUGCAUCGCAGCACAGCCAAUAAUUUUGGAGAAAUUAUCGAUAGUUCAUUUCAGCGUUUGGAACGUGGAACUGAGUUUGGCUCCAAACCAUCAGCUUUUGAUAAAAAUAGUAUUGCAUUUUCUGUUGACGAGAAAGAAUAUUCAGGUCACGAUAACUGUGCCGUUUCAAAGCCAGCUGAAGACAUUGAUUCUUUCCCAGGACGUGGUCACCUGGCUACAGGACUAAGAAUGGAAUCAGAGAUUGCUACUGCUGCACACCUUGUGCAAUUACAUGAAGUUCCUGAAUGCGUUAACUUUUCAAAUAUUCAAGAGCAUCAUCAUCACCAGGUAACCAGUAUUCCCAAAAAUGGCACGCUGGAAAAGCAGACCAUGGAGGAAAGAAAUCCCAAGACUAUAUCCGUGACUCCAGGCGUUCCGGAAGGUUUCAAUUUAUUUUAUCGUCAAACACCUGACGAUAAGCUGUUGGAAGCGUUAGACUCUGUGAAAGAUCGCAUAUUUCUACUCAGACUGGAGCAGGACGUAAUCGAAUUUGUCAGAUCAUCAAAGGAACCAUUUAUCGAUCUUCCACCAUGCAAUUCCUUUUGUCGAAUGCUCACCCACAAGCUUGCAGACUAUUAUCAUAUGACACAUCAGGUUGAUGCCGUAGCUGGUGCCGUACGUAUAUUCCGUACUCCAUUCUGCAGAUUACCUCCAUCCUUGACGAGCCUCUCAAACCCGCCCGCAUCUGGAAAUACCCCACCACCAACUACCAUGAAGAUAAUGCGCAGAGGAGGUGACUCAGGCCCUAGCCCUUCGAAGGCACUUUCAGAAUCUGGAAGCGACGGAAAAGAAAAAGGCCUCUCAGCUAAAGAGAAACUUUCUCGAGAAGAAAGAGAGGCCGCAUAUAACAAGGCCAGAGAGCGUAUAUUCGGUAAAGAUGAAAAAAACGGAGAAGCAACCCCAGUAGAUACUGAAGAAGGAAACGAGAUGUCACGGUCAAGUUCUGUAUCCACCAAGGAUCGAACAAGUCACAACAAAAGAUCUAAGCCCCUAAAGCAACGACGUGAUGAUUCCGAAAACUUUGAUUCGAGAUCACAGUAUACACCAUUCUUCCCACAGCCGCAAGGACCGACAUGGAUACCAUCAGCACAGUACUCUCCUAUCGGAACGCAAUCUCUAUGUGGAAACAAUCGAAAUUAUCAAAACCCUGUCUCUCCACAAUACUCCACAGCACCUAUUCAGCAGUUAGGCUCUACAAUGAUUACCACUAGUGGUGUGCAGAUAUUCAACUAUCCCCAGUAUCCAACACAGGCCACGCAGAGCUCCCAAAACGCACAACGCUUUCCCCAAAACCCUCAGAUUAACCCUUUUGUCUCACCAGUACAAUCACCCCCACCUCCCCCUCAGCCCUGGUCACAAGCUUUAUAUCAAAAUCCAUACCAGCAGCUUGGGCCAACUACUAGGGGAACUUCUAACUCUAUCCCGUAUCCGUUUGGCCAGUUGCCAGGAACGACAAAUCCGGCCGAUUCAAAGAGCCAACACCCAAUUCCAGGCAGCUUCAAUCGACAUGCUUUCAAUCCUAAGACACAGUCAUUUGUACCAGGUAGUGUCGGCGUCAAUGCAUCCCAACAGACUUCCCACAAUGGACCGCCUCAUCACGCAGCGCCGAUUAUUAGUUCACCCAGACCUUCCUUUAACACAUUUAAUGUCCCACAGCAACAAUUCAGUAAUGGAAUGGGCUACAAUAUGACACGACAAAGCUCGAACAGUUAUAUGCCACCAUAUCAGGUUUCUCCGCUCAUGUCACACCGUCCACUAAUGCAUCAUGGAAUGCCGCAAGUCCCGCCUCAAGGUAUGUCGCACGGAAUCAUGACGGGAAUACCGCAAAACAUUCCGCAGGGUAUGAGUGCGACGCUUAACGGGCAGAUAGGUAACCACUUGCCAAACUACGGUAAUUCAUCAACUCUACCUCCAAAACCUCCAACUGGCAUUUGA